CCCGCUGUUCCCGGUGCCGUUCCCGGUGCCGUUCCCGUUCCCGGUGCCCCGCCCCCGCCGUUCCCGUUCCCGUUCCCGGGGCCGCAGGGGGGGCGGGCUGGGGGCAGGCGCAGCAUGAGCGGGCGCCCCCCCCGCGGCCGCCGGCGCAGCGCCCCCGCGCCAUGGAGGGAUUCCCCGCCCGCGGGUACGGCACCGGCGGCGCGGACAACCGGCCGCUCUUCGGGGAGACCUCGGCCAGGGACAGAAUCAUCAAUCUAGUUGUUGGUGGCUUAACAACCUUGCUGCUUGUAGUCACUCUAAUCAGUGCUUUUGUCUUCCCGCAACUACCUCCAAAACCUGUGAAUGUAUUUUUUGCUUUCUGCAUCUCCUUGUGUUGCAUUUCUGCUGGCAUUCUUAUCUACUGGUAUCGACAAGGAGACCUGGAACCCAAAUUCAGAAAUCUAAUUUACUACAUAUUGUUUUCUAUUGUCAUGUUAUGUAUAUGUGCCAACCUGUACUUCCAUGAAGUGGGUAAAUGAAGGACACUGGGAAUACCCAGCAAUGAUGCUGCUGUGUCAGGCUGCUUCCAGCUCAGCUCUCAGCUCUACUCGAGACAUUGAAGUGAGAACCAUCAGCCUGAAAGAAGUGGGUUGUGCAAGGAUAAAUCAGUACAUGAUUUUCAUGUAAAUGUAUAUGUAAUGUCCCUCUUGUUGGGGAGAAUUAUUGCCAUAAGACGUGACAUUCUGCUUUUUUUUGAAGAGCUACUGUUGCGCUUAAUGAACAUUCCAGUUGUACUGAUGUUUCAGAAUGGCACAAGCUUUUUCAUUUUGGAAAAAAACUGCACUUUUUUUUAUUACUGUACAAAUAAACUGCAGCACUGAAAGG